AAACAUGAAAGAAGGCAAUAGAAAAAACAAGAACGUAUCCUCCUCCCCAAAAAGAACCCGACCCGCUAGUCUAUCAGGACCCGAUUCUAGACCUUCAGGUUCACGCCAUACGAGGCUAUCUCCUCCUCCUUCGGUGUCAGUGCUUGACGGUGAAAUCAUCACUGAAGAGUUGGGUUUGCUUGAAAUUUCCCCCAAGACCAACCCAAGAAGUUUUCCGUAUAGUAUUAAGCAGCAGUGUUGGGACAAGGCGGAGAAAGUGAAGGGAAGAGACCCGGACCGAUGGCGCCGAGACCCAUUGGGGAACACAAUCUUUCGGAAGCUUGUCGGCUGUCCUGGUUGUCUCUGCCAUGACUAUGACCAUAUUAUUCCCUAUUCUAAGGGUGGAGACAGUACACUAGAGAAUUGUCAAGUUUUGCAGGCGACAGUUAAUAGAUCGAAGGGGAAUCGAACUGAUAUAUCAAAAGCUGAACUCAUUCAAAGAAGUUCGUAUUGUCGGGUUUCAGGUCGCGACAUGGAUCUUCUUGAACUUUCUGCCUACGGCAAUGUCCGUCAUGGACAAGAUUCUGGGGGAUGUAAAAUUCAGUGAGUUAUUUUACGACAAUAUACUCAAGAAUGACAUUGUAUGCUUCCCCUUAAUUAUCAGUAUGACACUAGUUAUUCCUCUAUUAAAUUUGUAGCUUACAAUUAUUGGAAGUUUCAUAUGCUUGUAUGCAUGAUUUUCUUGGGCAAUCGUAAUAGAGUUACAUCAUAAA